AUGCUGCAGCUGUACAAAACCCUGGGGUGCGGCCGCACUCGGGGUAUCGUGUCCGGUUCUGGUCACCGCGUUACAGGAAGGAGGUGGGAGCUCUGGGAAGGGGGCAGAGGGGAUUUACCGGGACGUUGCCCUGGACGGAGGACGUGUAGCCCGAAGCAGUUCGUCUGCAAGGACCAGGUGACCUGCAUAUCGAAAGGAUGGCGGUGUGAUGGGGAGAGGGACUGCCCAGAUGGGUCCGACGAGACAGCCGACAUAUGCCCACACCAGAAAGCAUUUAAGUGUGCGGUGAACGAGUAUCUGUGUUUGGGGACCGAGCUGUGUAUCCACAUGAGUAAGCUGUGUGACGGCAAACGUGAUUGUCCAGACGGCUACGAUGAGGGACCCCACUGUCGAGAGGGAGUGGCGAACUGUACCAGAGCGGGCUGUACCCACCGAUGUGCGGUCACCCCCUUGGGGGUGAGCUGUUACUGCAACAACUCGUACGCCCUGGCGGAGGAUGGCACGUCCUGCAGAGACUUUGAUGAGUGCAUGGUGUACGGGACCUGCAGCCAGACAUGCACGAACACGGAUGGAUCAUACAUGUGCAGCUGUGUCGAGGGAUAUCUGUUACAGCCCGACAACAAGUCUUGCAAGGCCAAGAAUGAGCCAGUGGACAGACCUCCCAUCCUGCUCAUCGCCAACUCCCAGAGCAUCAUGGCCACGAACCUCCAGGGGGCGGCGGUCAGCAACAUUAACCCCGUCAGCACCAGACACACCACGGCCAUGGACUUCAUCUACCGGGAGGAGUCCGUCUGCUGGGUGUCCGUGGGGGACACCGCGGCCGAAACACACCUCAGGUGUGCCAAGAUCACCAAGCUGAAGGGCUUUACCGAGGAGAGAACCAUUAACGUCUCCCUCAGCAUCCACACAUCCACACUGGUGCGUGAUAAUGCAGACCUUCGCUGUGAGCUGCCAAAGUUGGAGAAGAGGCUUCGGGCUACAGCUGACCGGGUUAAAGCCCUGGAGGGUGCACUGAGAGAGGCCAAGGAGGGGGCGAUGAAAGACCGCCAACGCUACCAGCUGGAGGUCGACCGGAUCAAGGAGGUGGUCCGCACGAAAAACACCCCGCGGCGUUCACACACCGCCCAGAUCGCCAAGCCAGUGCGCCCAGGAUACCAUGCAGCCUGCUCUCCGGUCAGCACCCAUGGGCUCUAUCACCCAAGUACAUGCACCUACAGCAACACACUGUUUCAGAGCUGCCAGCCCAUGUACGUACCAGGACUGGGGGACCACACCACAGACAAAUACACUCUGAGUGGCAGCUGUCCGAGCGGGUCAGUGUUGUCCGGAGACAGUUUCCGUGUGUGCCCUCGACAUGUGCCUGACAACGGAGUGAGUCUCUCUGUGCCUGUGAGGCUGAAGAACAGUCCAAGGUCUACGUCUUCCAGCAGGAAACAGCAGCAAGUUAAUGAGGACGCAGCGGGCCCCGGUUACGACAAGGACGCCCUGAGACAGCAGCUGACCCUCCUCUUCGAACCUCUGACCGAAUUCUCCAGCCCUCCCUGCCUGCUGCUGUUUUGAGAAUGACCGUCGCCCCCACCCCCCGUGG